CCUCCUCCGCCGCUCGCUGCCUUUCGUUCGUAUCUCUCCGUCUUCUCCGGUGUUUCUUCUAAGGGAGCAGGAGGAAGGAGGCAGGAGAUGGGGGACGACUCGCAGAAGGUGAAGCGUGUUCCCCACCUACCGUGGAUGAGAAACCCCGUUGACAUCGACCAAUUCGAGGAGCGCCCUCUCGGUUUCCUCCCAUCCCUUGAUCCAAGAUUGAAGGAGGCUUUGCAGAAAAUGGGUAUACAGUCACUUUUUCCUGUCCAAGUAGCAGUUUGGCAGGAAACAAUUGGACCUGGUGCAUUUGAGCGAGACAUUUGUGUAAACUCUCCGACAGGGAGUGGCAAGACACUUGCUUAUGCUUUACCAAUUGUACAAAUGCUUGCGCAUAGGAAGAUUAGAUGUUUGCGUGCUUUGGUAGUUUUACCUACUCGGGACUUGGCCUUACAGGUUAAAGAGGUGUUUUCUGCCAUUGCACCUGCUGUGGGUUUACGUGUUGGCUUAGCAGUUGGGCAGUCAUCAAUUGCAGAUGAAAUUUCGGAGCUCAUUGAGAGACCUAAGCUUGGAUCAUGUUCCCCUUUUGAUCCAGAAGAUGUAUACAUGGAGCUACAGACUGCAGUCGACAUAUUGGUGGCUACUCCAGGAAGGCUAAUGGAUCAUAUUAACAUGACAAAGGGUUUUAGUCUGGAACAUCUAUGUUAUCUGGUAGUUGAUGAAACAGAUAGAUUGCUUAGAGAGGCAUAUCAGUCCUGGUUGCCAAAUGUGAUUCAGCUUACUCAGUCAAAUGAUCAAACAUGUCAUGCAACGAGCAUUCAUGUUAUUCCUGGUUCAUUGACCACUAUUAGAAGAUGUGGUGUUGAAAAGGGUUUUAAAGGUAAAGUUUACCCAAGGUUUGUAAAGAUGAUUCUAUCUGCUACACUGACUCAAGAUCCUAGCAAGAUUUCUCAACUCGAUUUACAUCAUCCUUUAUUGCUGACAAGUGGUGAUAAGCGCUACAAACUACCUAAAAGACUGGAAUCGUUUAAACUGGUUUGCAGAUCAAAACUGAAGCCACUCUACUUGGUUGCUCUUCUGCAAACUUUGGGAGCGGAGAAGUCAAUAGUUUUUACAUCAUCAGUCGAGUCAACUCACAGGCUAAGCACAUUACUAAAAUUCUUUGGUGAAUUACCAUUUAAAAUCAGUGAAUAUUCACGUCGUCAGUGUCAGCCUGUACGAAGCAAGAAACUGAAGGCCUUCAGGGAAGGAAAAACACAAGUGCUCAUUGCAACAGAUGCAAUGACACGAGGAAUGGAUGUUGAAGGAAUUAGAAAUGUCAUAAAUUAUGAUAUGCCAGCUUUUGUUAAGACAUAUAUUCAUCGAGCAGGUCGCACUGCAAGGGCAGGUCAAUCUGGCCGUUGCUUUACAUUAAUGAGAAAAGAUGAGGUUAAGCGCUUCAACAAGUUGCUUGAGAAGGCUGACAAUAAUUCCUGUAUUAUCCACUCUUUACCUACCGACUCUGUAGAAAGCCUUCGUCCUCUUUAUUCUUCUGCUCUGGAGAAGCUGAAAGAGCAUGAACAAUCAUGGACAGCAAGAAAAUCAAGAAUCAGUUUCAAGUCGGUUAGAGCAAGUAAGAGAAAGAUAGUGCAGAAGAAAUGAAGGAAUGAUGUAUUUUCAAGGUGGAGAUCCCUUAUGAGAUUUGUCUGAUAAUCCCAACUAAUAUCAUGGUUGUUUGAUAGUCUGCUCUUCUGGCCACUAUCAAGUCAGGAAGUCUACUUAUCAAGUCACAGAGUCCAGAUGGAAACACGGGAGGGAUCGACGAAUCGCAUGCCAUCUCCAAUGAGAUGCUAAUUACACGGCUUGAGCUAAAACAAUUAUUCAAGAAUGUACAAGUUACUUGAUAAAGCCAUCUUCUCCAUGUUGUAGUAGUGAGUUCCGUUUUUGGUAUUAGCUAGUUAGUUCAUUGCUUAUUCUAUUUCCUCUUAUCGUUGUUGGUCAAUCGCAUCUCGAUCUUGUGGUAAAAGAUUAAUAUUUUCAGGUCCAACCGUGAAGGUUUGCAAUAUAAAAGAUCGCAUUAUUAGAGAAA